AUGCCUUCUAUCAAACCCACUCUCCAUCCAUUACAGACCCCCCGGACUAUGGUCUUUCCAUCCGAGCUCCAGGAAGACUCAGGAUCUUCCAGCCUUUCAGCAGGCAACGGAAGGGGGGAUGAACCACUCUCGACACCUAUCACACCUCCUGCGGCCUACACAGAGUUUCUCAAGAAGUUUCAACCGAUCUUAUCCCCCAUCACUGGGGAGCCUGACUUUUCCAAGAUCCACACCCUGAGGGAAGGCCGCUCCACCACAUCAAACUCUCCAACAUCCCAGCCCGCAUCACGCCCAACCAGUGCAGUCAGUGGUACCUUCAGCUUCAAUGGUGAAUCGUCUCGAUCAGCCGCCGCUUCACUGCCACCACCAACACCGUACACAGCACCUUCAGUGAGAAGAGACCCGAGGAGCCUGCGGGCUUUACGCAUCCCGCCGCCUCCCAGGUAUUCGCCGAUUACUGAGGCUCCCAGAAGUGCAAACACCCUCUAUUCACCUUAUUCUGCGUCUCCAUCGGACUGGAGAAUGCGCUAUUGGGACGGCCCGCACAGCGCACUUCCCAGUGGAAGAUUCAGCGUACGGCAUGUCAUCACUCAUACCAUAACCUUCAAACGAACGCAGCUCGAGGACCCUCCUAAGGGAAAGCGGAGAAAGCGUGAGGACUCUAAUGAGCCUUAG